GGGCGCGGGGGCGGUGCUGCUCACCACCAGCGUCAUGGCCGCGCUCGAGCCGUGCCUGCCGCUGUGGAUCUCACAAAAGUUCCACACGCAGCAAUGGCAGGCGGGGCUGGUGUUCGUGCCGGACAGCACGGGGUACCUGGUGUGCAGCGUGUGCGCGGGGCAGUGGGGCCGCCCCGGCCGGACCGCCGCGCUGGGCCAGCUCACCGUGGCGCUCGCCGCACUGGCCCUGCCACAUGCCUCCUCGGUGUGGGGGCUGGUGCUGCCGCAGACGGGUCUGGGCGCGGGGCUGGGCUGCACCGACGCGGCGUUGUUCCCGGCGCUGCUGGGCCGCGCGCACGCGCACCGCCCCGCCGCCGCGCUGCAGGCCGCCUCCAGCGCCGCCUACACGCUCGGUCCCAUCGUGGGCGGCGCGAUGUCGUGGCUGGUCGGGUUCGAGACGACGCUCCGCACUCUCGGGGUGCUGAACAUGCUGUACGCCUGGCACCUGUACCGCGUGCUCGGAGACUACCCUUCUUCAGAGUGGGGAGACGAGUCUGAAGCAGACAGUGGCGAAGCGCGCCAGGGUGAAGUGACUCCACUGAAAGACGACCUCUACGCACCUCUGCACUAA